UCUCCUCCGCCUAAAGCCCGAAAAGGAAACAAAGGUUUUUUCCUUUCUUUUAACUACAACCAAAAGAGAAAAGAAUGGGUGAUUGUAUGAGGAGCUGCAAACGAAGUGCCGAAACAGCAGAGAUGGAAGCCUCGAGCACAAGCUUCUCAUUAUCAAAGAGAAGAAAAACCGUUGAUUCUCGAGAAUUGCAGGAAUUCGAGUUAACUUCACCGGAUAUUGAGCUCGAAAACCCUCACUUCCUUUCAAAUUCCCAGGACAAGCCUAUUACCGUUGCCACCUCCUCGAAUUCCGGUGGAGUACUCGCUGGCGACAUGUGUUCAAGCUUCUGCUCCGGCGAGUCAUCGGCUUCUCGUUGUUCUAGCAAUGAGUCUUGUGAUAUCGUCAACGAUAGCUUGAGAUUCGUAGAUCUAGAGGCCAAGAGUUUCGAAACUGAAAUCUCAACGUGCAUCAAUAUCAACAAGUUCAGUAGAGAAACAACUCCAUUAAGCGAGCUCUGCGGAGACUCAGACGAAAUGGAAUCGCCUGAGAAAAAACCGCCACCGUCCCCGGCGAAGCCACCGAAGAAGCCGUCCCAAGAGGAGAUCGACGAGUUCUUUUCCUUCGCUGAAAAGUACGAGCAAAAACGAUUUGCAGAGAAGUACAAUUAUGAUAUUGUCAAGGAUGUGCCUCUCGACGGUCGAUACCAAUGGGUUCGGUUAAUGCCCUGAAGACAGAGAAACAAAGAAAGAAAAUGAAAGAGAGAGAGAGAGAGAGGGGGGUUAGAGUAACACGAGGUAGCACGGAGAUUGCAUUUGACAAAGAAAGAAGGGUUGGCCGGUAGUUUGUUAUUUGUACAGUUCUUUUGCCACUAUCUAAUGUAAGAAAAAGCAAGCAGGCUCACUUUUUUUUUUUUGCUUUUGUGUACAACGAUUUUCAAAGGAGCUUAUUCUAUGAAUCCUUUUUCAAGUUAGACGAAUUUGGAAAUAAAAAUUUAUUAAUAUCUAUCAUCUAAUUUUAGACCUGUAUCCCUAUAUGGGUAAAUGUCUGUUUUCUGAUAUUGUUGCAUGGCAGUAACUGUCAGUAAUUUUUUUUUUUAUAUAAGAAAUGUAGAGCAUUGAUGGGGAUUUGGUUCUAUA